UGUUGUCGGAAGAGAGCGAAAUAAUGCGCGCCUUUGCAGUCCCAAUAGACUGCUGCUGCUGCUGCUGCAGCUACUCCUCUUAUCCUUGUCUCCUGCUCCCACCGUCUUUCACUAACACCAAGCUCUCUUCUUUCCCUCCUAAAUUCGCUAGCCUUAGCUCACAAGCAACGCACCGCCUUCCAUCCCAAUUCAUAUCCACCAGGCUUCGUUGUUCAAAUUCCGGGUCGUCCACAUUUCUGGACGGGGAUGAUGAUGAUGGGUAUUGUUCUUAUGCUGGUGAGGAGGAGUCGGGUGAUAGUGUAAGAGAGGAUGGUGUUUUUAUAGAGAUAAAGAAGCUUCAAAAGAAUUCGAGGAGAAUUCGGUCCAAGAUUUCCAUAAAUGCUAGCCUCGACACUGUGUGGAAGAUUUUAACUGAUUAUGAGAAGUUGGCUGAUUUCAUUCCUGGUCUUGCUGUCAGCAAAUUGAUUGACAAGAAAGACAAAUUCGCUCGUCUUUAUCAGAUUGGACAGCAAAACUUGGCAUUUGGCCUAAAAUUUAAUGCAAAAGCAAUUUUGGAUUGUUAUGAGAGAGAUCUUCAGACUCUUGCUUCUGGGGAAAAGCGUGAUAUUGAAUUUAAGAUGACAGAAGGUGACUUUCAGUUUUUUGAAGGAAAGUGGUCGAUUGAACAGCUUGCUAAACCCAAAACUGAAGAUUCCGUUGGUCAAGAGUAUGAGACAACUCUUUCAUAUUUGGUGGAUGUAAAGCCUAAGAUGUGGUUGCCUGUUAACCUAAUUGAAGGUAGAAUCUGCAAGGAGAUAAAAACAAAUCUCACAUGCAUCCGAGAAGAAGCACAGAAAGUGAUUGAUGAUGCUCAGCAUGACCAAUAGUGUUAUUGGCACAACCAAAUAAUAUCUGCCCAAGAGGGCCGUAUAUUUUGUCAACGAUUUUGUAUGGUGAAUCGUUUUAGGACAAAUAAUAAUCUUUUUUAGUGUACAUUUGGCUCGAAUGUCCACUUAUGCCUUACAAAGAAAAGGAGAACGAAGGAAAAUAUAGGAGGAAUUACAUUCAUGAUUCA